AUGAAAGGUCAAUUUUUUUCUUCUUCUUCUAUAUUCAUUCUGAAAGACUGGAGCUGUUGCCCAGCCCUCUAGAGUUCAUUUGAGUCCAGCUGCUACUAUGUUUCUACUGUGAAGCAAUCUUAGGCUGAGAGUCAGAAGAAUUGCUCUCCCAAGGGAGCGCGUCUGAUGGUGAUCACCACUAGGGAUGAGCAGGAUUUCAUUAUCCAGAACCUGUACGGCAAUUUUGCUUAUUUUAUAGGGCUGUGCCCAGAGGGGAAAACGCAUUGGCAAUGGGUUGAUCAGACACCAUACAAUGAAAGUGUCAUGUUUUGGCACUCAGGUGAACGCACUAAUCCUGAUGAGUGUUGUGUUAUGCUAAAUUCUGCAUCAGAAAAGUGGGGCCGGAAUAAUGCUCCCUGUAAUGAACAUCACAGGUCAACUUGCAAGAUGGUGACCUACUUAUGAACGGAACAUCCUCCACGGAAAUGUGUUUGGAUUGGCAUCUACCAUUAUAGACAUAGCUAAUUCGCUGUUUUAAUUAUGUGUAAGUCUUGUAUAAGAGAUGCCCAUAGAAUUUUUCAUUUGACUGUCACCUAUUCCACUUAUGAUAGAAUCAGUUCACAUAUUCAUUCAUAAAGUGAACACUUAUUGAGCAUUUUCCAUGUGCCAGGAAUGUACUGGAGAGCACUUUUUUUUUUUUAAUUGAGGUUAUCAUAGUUUACAACAUUG